AUAUAACAGCUCCCGGCAGAAAGUUCAAGCUUGGCCCCUUGUAUGGUUAGAGGGAGAGGCGGAACAGCUCGAGAGAGCAUGUUGGUGCUGCGCAUGCACCGACACUGGGAAGCUGUCCAAUGUCUUGCCCACUCGGCAAUUGUUUUGUAGAGAAAAACGAGACGAAGACAGUUCGGGCAGCAGCAGCAGCAGCAACAGGACUGAAAACAGUGGCGCAAAUGUGAAGUGUUGUCAUUUGGAAAAGGCGACAACAUAAACAUUGUCUAGGCGUCACGCAAAGCGAUAGAAACCAAGAGCUGAACCAGUUAAAUCAACUAAAGAAAGGAAACUCACAAGUGCAAGUGCAAUUGAAAAUGUGUCUGUAUUUGGGCGUCGUGGAGCACCUGGUGGAUGUGGUCGCCUAUUGUGUGUGCCGCAUGCUGGAGCUGACCCUGGUCACCUUCAUGAUGAUGUGCAGCACGGCCAAAGCCAAGCUGGCCAGCGGCAACGGCAACAACAACAACGAGCUGACUCUGGCGGAGCAAUGACCCAGACUAGGACUCGGACUCGGGCUCGGACUCGCACUCGGACUCGGACAAGAUGUCAGCUGCAACGGCAGAUGCACUGAGGGGGAGCGCAGAUGGGGUGUGGGCAAUGUGUAACAAUAUAAUUUAAGUGACUUUUUGUAUGUAAUUUGGCAUAGACAUAAAUAAAUAACUACAAAUGUG